CCCCCCCAAAACUAGAAGGAUUGCCUGUGCUUACUUAGCUACUUCUUUCCAGAGGACAGUCACAGAGACCUCAAAAUAGGGCCCAAAGUAGGCCCUGGAGGCUCUGCGGUCAGGGGCUGACAGGCCCUCCAUAAAAAUACAUUGGAGUCAUUUUAAUAGCGACGUGUCCUGAUGCCAGGGUGAUGACGACAAAGCCGUCAAUAGAUGGGAAACAGUCCUCGCUCCCUCCCUCCUCUGAUGGCUUACUACCAGGUCUUUCUCUUCCAAAGCCCUGUCCUUGCCCCAACUUUCAGAGACCCAAAGACCUUGCUUACAGAAGCUCAACAUUCAUUCAGUAAACGCUUCCUGGGCGCCUAUUAUUUGCCAGGCCCUAUUCUGGGCGCGAAGUAAAGGAAUGAAGUGUUAUCGACCUAGGUUCCUUUCCUGCGGGCACCCGGGCAUUUUGGACUGCUGACCAAGAGCGCUCUUCCCAAGCUUCGUCCCCAGGACCCGGGCCCGAGAAGCAGAGACCAUCCUGCCCGUUGCAGCGGCUGGGGAUGUUCAGGAUGUUUCCGUUCCUGCUGCUGCUGUGGUUUCUGCCCCCUACCGAGGGGUCCCAGCGAGCUGAACCGAUGUUCACGGCAGUCACCAAUUCGGUUCUGCCCCCUGACUAUGACAGCAACCCCACCCAGCUCAACUAUGGCGUGGCAGUUACUGAUGUGGACGAUGAUGGGGACUUUGAGAUCGUCGUGGCAGGGUACAACGGCCCCAAUCUGGUUCUGAAGUACGACCGGGCCCAGAAGCGGCUGGUGAACAUCGCAGUGGACAAGCGCAGCUCCCCCUACUAUGCGCUGCGGGACCGGCAGGGCAACGCCAUCGGCGUCACAGCCUGUGACAUAGACGGGGAUGGCCGUGAGGAGAUCUACUUCCUCAACACCAAUAAUGCCUUCUCAGGGGUGGCCACGUACACAGACAAGUUAUUCAAGUUCCGCAAUAGCAGGUGGGAAGACAUCCUGAGCGACGAGGUCAAUGUGGCCCGCGGCGUGGCCAGCCUCUUUGCCGGGCGCUCUGUGGCCUGCGUGGACAGGACGGGCUCCGGACGCUAUUCUAUCUACAUCGCCAAUUAUGCCUACGGUAACGUGGGCCCUGAUGCCCUCAUUGAAAUGGACCCCGAGGCCAGUGACCUCUCCCGGGGCAUUCUGGCGCUCAGAGAUGUGGCUGCUGAGGCUGGGGUCAGCAAGUAUACAGGGGGCCGGGGUGUCAGCGUGGGCCCCAUCCUCAGUAGCAGUGCCUCGGAUAUCUUCUGUGACAACGAGAAUGGGCCCAACUUCCUCUUCCAUAACCGGGGCGACGGCACCUUCGUGGACGCAGCUGCCAGCGCUGGUGUGGACGACCCCCACCAGCACGGGCGAGGUGUGGCCCUGGCGGACUUCAACCGCGACGGCAAGGUGGACAUUGUCUACGGCAACUGGAACGGCCCCCACCGCCUCUAUCUGCAGAUGAGCGCCCACGGGAAGGUCCGCUUUCGGGACAUCGCCUCACCCAAGUUCUCCAUGCCCUCCCCUGUCCGCACAGUCAUCGCCGCCGACUUUGACAACGACCAGGAGCUAGAGAUCUUCUUCAACAACUUCGCCCACCGAAGCUCCUCAGCCAACCGCCUCUUCCGCGUCAUCCGCAGGGAACACGGUGACCCCCUCAUUGAGGAGCUUAAUCCUGGCGAUGCCUUGGAGCCUGAGGGCCGGGGAACAGGGGGUGUGGUGACAGACUUUGAUGGAGAUGGGAUGCUGGACCUGAUCUUGUCCCACGGAGAAUCCAUGGCUCAGCCGCUGUCCGUCUUCCGCGGGAAUCAGGGCUUCAACAACAACUGGCUUCGAGUGGUCCCACGGACCCGGUUUGGGGCCUUCGCCAGGGGGGCGAAGGUCGUGCUCUACACCAAGCAGAGCGGGGCCCACCUGCGGAUCAUCGAUGGGGGCUCGGGCUACCUGUGCGAGAUGGAGCCCGUGGCACACUUUGGCUUGGGGAAGGAUGAAGCCAGCAGCGUGGAGGUGACGUGGCCAGAUGGCAAGGUGGCCAGCCGGAACGUGGCCAGCGGAGAGAUGAACUCGGUGCUAGAGAUCCCCUACCCCCGGGAUGAGGACAGACUUCAGGACCCAGCCCCACUGCAGUGCGGCCAAGGAUUCUCCCAGCAGGAAAAUGGCCAUUGCAUGGACACCAACGAAUGCAUCCAGUUCCCAUUCGUGUGCCCUCGAGACAAGCCCGUGUGUGUCAACACAUACGGAAGCUACAGAUGUCGGACCAACAAGAAGUGCAGUCGGGGUUACGAGCCCAACGAAGAUGGCACAGCCUGUGUGGCUCAAGUGGCCUUUUUAGGUGGGUAUCCUUCUGCCGCCUUUAGAAUCUCAGAGCCUCUCUCUCGGGCCUCAUAUCUUUCUCUAGGCCUUGGACUUUGCCUUCAGUUCUAUGCAUUUUAAAUUCCAACAAUAAAGGAAAAAAAAACCAACAACCUUUGUGGAAAACUAGAUUUCUCCUGCUGCCUGUCUCUCUCUCCACGCCCCAAGAUUCUGCUGCAAGCUCUCUCUGAAUGGACAGCGGGGGCGGCCAUCUUUGAAAAGGGAAUUUGGAAAUACUGAUUUGUGUGUAACCUUAGUUGUGUGUGAAGCCUUUCUUUGCAUGUUUUCUGAGAAAACAGGGAAGGAAAGUCUCCCCCUCAACCCCAAUCCAGCCUCCCUCACUCCAGAAGAAUACAGAUAGCCCUGUCUCUCCUGUAUCCUGAGCGGCUCAUUCUGCCCUUCACAAAGAUGGCUCUCAGGUGGCGGUGGCUCCGUUGGUUCAAUGAUGUAUCAUGUGCCUGCUGGUUUGGCCUGUGCUGUUCUGCUCUGUGCGCCCUGACUUCCUAGUGUAGAGAACGCCUGAUGGGGGUUGGUGGUGACAACGGGAGGAGAAAAGGGUGGCCCUUUGGGAUUCUUGAUAAAAAUGUUAAAGUUUCAACUUA